UGGCAUCAAGUUUUGACACUUGUUUACAUGAUGGCGGUUAUUCCGCAGUGGGUUGUAAACAAAUAAAAUAGUAUUUAUUAAAAUUGAAUUCAUGAAUUAAUUUGUUGCUUAUUAUGAGUCAUGCAGCAAAUUAUUUCGAAACUCUAUUAUAUUUCUUUAUGAAGAUAAGCGCAUUGAAGUGAAAUUUGUAUGUUUUACUUCCUAAUGUCUACAUCGAAAUCAUCAAGUAAUAAGUGGCCAUCGAACUCUCUAAAAUGUCUCAAUGAAAGACACAGUUAUAAACUCUUGAUUUUAUUUAUAUUAUAUAAUAAUUUUAUAAAUUCAAGUGUAUUAGCAGUUACAAGUGUCUUUGAUGUGUCUUGCUCAACCAAUAAUAACUGUAGCAAUAUCACUGGUGAUGUCAUGUGUGAUACAGAAAGUGGUAAAUGCUCUUGUGCCGAGGGUAAUGUUCGUAUGAAGCAACAUCAUCAUUGUUUACCUUAUGUUGGCAUGGGAGAAUACUGCCUAGAAAAUGAACAGUGCCGAAAAGCAGAUCAUAAUGUUAUCUGCAGUAAGUGGUCACAAAGGUGUCAGUGUACAGCUGGAUAUGAUUUAGAAACAUUGGAAAAUAAUUCUAGUAUGAAGUUAUGUUUGAAAACUCCUAUGCCUGAAGUUGAUCCUUACUUCGUUCACAUAUUCAGUGGUUUGGAUCCUGUUCAUAUUGUCUUAGGUUGUUUGACUGGUGGCUUAGCUUUGUUAGCUUGUUUUGCUGGCAUUUUUCAACUUGUAAGAAAAAAAUGGACUCGUCCAGGCUGUAAUAAUGAUCAGGAUUCUCAAUUCUCUCCUGAUCUUGGUUUCAGCACCACAAGUGCUCCUUCUCAGAGUCAGCCUUAUUCCGAUUCCCAAUUCAGUGUUACAUCUCCAUGUGCAGGUGAUUUUGCUUGUUUAGAUGGAAAUUCAACUGCACCUCCUACUCCUGGCUCUUUAGGAGAUAAAGAUUACAUUGUUACCCCACCUCCAACUUACGAAGAAGCCCUCCAACAAUCAGGCUUGAGAAACACUGGCUCUACAACAACAGUUUGAAAGCUAACCUAGAGAUGGGAUUUGGUCAGCAACUACAUUUUAUAAAAGUUUAGCAUCUGGUUACACUGCGCCUUAGCAGCUUGCUUGUUGAUUCUGAAGUGAAAACUUUGCCAAGUACAAUUUUAAAUGUGAUUGAUUGCUUUUUAUGACUGCUUUUGGCUAAAAAUGACUGGAUUCUGUGGAUGUUUGAAUCUUGCUGUUGAUGAUAUAAUUUAAAUAGUACAUUGUUUUAGGCUAUUUAGGAAUUCAGUUCAUUUAUUUCUUACCUAUUAUUUUAUUUAAGUUUAUUCGCUGAAGCAGAAUACUUUUAUUAAAAUAACUUUUUAUUCCUUUUUUUUUAAAAGUAAUAAUUGUAAAUUUUAGUGUAAUAGCAUUUUUGCUAUGUUUACUUCUUAAAGUUAGUACUGAGCAUAGUAGUUUGAUUUUACUACUAUAAGGAGUCUUAAAUAUCAUUUUACAAUUAUUUGAAUAGAGAGAUUUUAAACUACCUAUUAAAAGUUAUUUUACUUUGAUAUUAGUAUUUGUAUCAGAGAUUAUUUUGAAUGUUUUAUCGUAUCUAUCUUCUAAAAAUGUGGCAAAUGCUCAUGAACUGUCACUAUUGACUAUAACUAUUUAUUUCAUUGCUUAUUUUAAUUUUUUAUACAUAGUAAACAUUUUUUAGAUUGAAAUCUUUAUUAAUAGAUAUACAAACUGUUGUUUGUGAUUAGUAUUGUAAAAAUAUUUGAAAAAUAAAACUUAGCAAUCUGAUAAUAAAUGGUGCAAAUAUACUAAUUUUCUUUAGUUAAAAAAAAAAGUUGCCCUAGUGAAAAUUUCCUUUUUAUUGCAUAACAUUUAGAAACGAAAAAUAUAUGUUGCUUCCCAAUAUAAAUUACUUGCACGAGUAAUUAUGCAAAAUAAUUAUAUUUAAUAUUUUGAGUACCUUUUAAAAAGAACUUUUCGUUUUUCGCAAUUAUUGUUUGUAAAAGUAUUAUUUCUUUUUCCUUGGAAGAAAAACAAUUUAAUUUCUACUCCUUAAUAUUGAAAAGUGGCUCUUGCCAAGCAUACACUUUUAGUAAUUCUAUUUAUGAGUUUAUUUGUCUAUUUAAAUGUGGUGCUUUCAUACCUAGUCAUUAAAGUGCAUUUUAUAGAGUCCAUCACUUUACAUUCCUUUUUGUUUAUUGAUUUCUUUAUAUCUUUUUACACAUUAAUAUCUUUGUUUUUAUACUUUUAUACUUUUCUAAUCAUAUUAAAGAAA